CAAAAUAUCUCUUUAAACACCUGUUAUUUGGAAUUAAAUAAGGUGUUAUAUCAGUAUUUUUAUUUUGUAUAGUAAAGAGCGCCCGCCGUUAACAAGAAACGCUAUCAUAGUACAGUCUGCUCCCCCAUCAUAAUACACCUUUGUCAACACUCGGUCUUUGUCUCGCAUGGGGAUUGUCGUAUUUCCUUCUUCUUCACAACUGAACCCCAUUUAUGGGUGUACAGACAGCAUAAACAAUUUCUCGAGCGGCGCGCGUAAAUUUGAGGUUAUGUUAGUAUUAAUUCGACAUUCGCUUUAGACGAACGUGCGGCGGUGCAUCGCGUACCGGCUCCUGUGAUCGUGUGCAUUUUCGUUACGUCACGAUCGAUAUCUUGGACAAUCAAGUGCAUUAUUGCAGUGUCUGUGCAGACGGUGUAUGUAAAUUAAUUUUUAAAGUUUUGUAACCGCCAUGGUAUUGUUUUUAAAAUUAUCAUGCCAACCGGACGUAUGCUGUUGCGUUAAAUACAACUUUUCUUUUUAAGGAGUUAGAGUAAAAUGGGUGCUCCUGCGUGGGGUUCGCGCGGCGGUGGCGGCGACCGUCCUCGCCUGCUGCGCAUGACGCCGCUGCGCCACAGCUUCGCUGCGCCCGCGUCGCCGCCCGCGCCGCCCCCGCGCGCGCACGACUACGCAUCCGACGCCGACACCAACAAGAAAGAAGAGGGAUGGAACGCGAAUCUUUCGCAGAGAUGGCGAAAAUUACGUCGACGGUGUUCACGUUUGAGGCCUGGCUCAGGCAACCGAGAACCGAGUCCAGUACGCUGCUCUCCUUCUCCUCCGAGACCUCCUCAACACUGCUCGCCCGCGCCACCGUCCAAGUUAUCCUUUAGACAUCGAGGGAAAGUGUACACAACAGCCUCGCUUCGUGUCACUAGUGGCGCUCCAGAUUUACUUCGUGCUCUGGGGAAGCUUGGCGGUGGACUCCGGCGCCGAGCACUCUCCGCGCACGACGUCCUCGCGCCACCACAGCAACAGCCGUCCACUUUUUACGUUCCUAGUCCUACCGCAACGCGUCACCCCCCAUCACCGUCUCCACCACGCCAGUCAGCUUCAGUGAGGCGCCGAUGUAGUUCCCCAAACGUGUAUAGAGCAGCCAAAGACUCUGCAGCACAAAGAGACCGCACUCCUCUUAUUAGUCAAGAAGAUGAAAGCCGGGAUGUGGUUGAUUAUAACUACGUGCUUGAAAGGAGGAAGAAUAGUGCUGAGGGACGAAGUCGACGCCCAUAUAGUGAAAAUGUCGAAUUAGAUGUCCCGUACAGAAAUGGAUACAACCGUCUUCCAUGUGAAGCUUCCCAAAGGCUUUGGGAAGAGCCGUACAGAUUGCCACGGGUUCAGUCAAGACAGGAACCGAUGCAGCAGUUGAGGAACGAUGUCGCAGAGCUGCGUGUGAGUGCGACUCCGAGGUCAGCCCGGCCGCCUCCCGCCCCGCCUGCCGCCACUCAGGUCGGGAAAAGACCACCCGCACCUGAGCCUAGAGAUACUCACACGUUUGAGGUGCGGUUUACGAAGUCAGCUGGCGGGAAAGGUCUCGGGUUCAGCAUCGUGGGAGGGCGGGACUCGCCGCGCGGAGACAUGGGCAUUUUUGUCAAAACCAUAUUCAAUAAUGGCCAGGCAGCUGAAUCUGCACUCAGAGAAGGUGACGAGAUUCUAUCAGUGAAUGGGCGAUGCACGGCCGGCCUAACCCACGGAGAGGCCAUUCGUCUGUUCAAGGACGUGCGCGCUGGACCAGUCCUGCUAAGGGUGACGCGGCGCCCGCCUCGCUGACUGCGCUGCGCCUGCUGUGACCUCGGCCACGAGCAGCAGGCGCUGACCAGAGCCGCCGACAUCUACUCCACUAUGUAGCUUAUCACAAGACCACUACAAAAGUCAAGACUUAUCAUGGAGAACCAAAUGACUAAAGGAGGUGCCAUGGGAAAAACGCCUGGGAAAGUAGCGCGCCAAAAUGUGGGGGACGAGGAAUGUUUUUCGCCCUUAUACGCCUUCUUUGGACAUAACCAUACUAGCAAAAUCAUUGACAGACGUCUCAAAGAACCUGAACGCCUCAUUAAUUUACUCGUAACUCGUGCCUUCCGUACGAAUUUGACCUAGAAGAAGGCGCCUGACCUACCUGCAUUACGGCAUCUCCGCUCAUCUUCUCACUCCGUGAGAAUUAGUUAGGUACUCAUGCUCACAAGAGCACUACAUAAGUCAAGACUUUCACUAACCAAAUGGACGUUCCACUUGAGCAAGACGCUUGUAAAGUAGUGACUCUUGUAGCAGCUAUAUGCAGUAGAUAAGAAUAAGGAUCAGUGGAAGGAACUAACGUAGCUGAAGUUGCACGUUAAGCCAGUAUCAUCGACCAGUGACUAAAGCAUUAUUAUCACUUUGCAUGUGUACAGAAAUGGAUUGUCUUCAAAACAUUUACCGCGGACGUGAACUUUACUGCAUCAUAAAGCAUAUAUUUUUGUAUCACGUAUAAGGCACAGGAUCUUCAAUAGUGACCUGCUUUUAUGCCUGAUGCAUUUUAGAAAUUUACAUUGCCUACAUUCUCAAUUCCGAUGUGUAAUCCAUUAUCUAAGGAUACGACUUUCUCUUUUUCCACAACACGUUCGCAUUGUUACGAAUCGGACUAGACGAUUAGACAUGAUUGUGAACCAUCUCGCAUGUUAGGAACUCAUUUCGUAUGAAAUAUUCUAACUGCGCAAUAAAAGAGCGCAGCACAUCACAACUAAUCACU